UCCGGGGAACUAAAUUGCUGCCGCACCGCGCCAAACUACAAAUAGACGACGGUUAUUUUUUGACGCCACAAGAGAUAAAGAUACAAUGCCAGCGAAGAGAGCUCUUGAUUUAGAAGACAAAGAAAAUAGCCCAGCUAAGAGACAUGUGGCAAACAGGAACUAUUCUCCUAUGGCAGGAAUGACGAAACCUAAAGCAGGUAAUUCUAAAGCAGUUGGGAAGAAAACGAAUCCUCCAGAAACAAAAGAACCCUUGACAGAUGCUGAGAGAAUUGUGUUCCUCAGGUCUAAGUUGCAAAAAUCUCUGAAGGACCUCAUGAAAUACAGACAGCAGCUGGAAACGUUAGUGCCAGUAGAGGGCAGUAGUGAGCUGAGAAGUCUCUUGCUGAUGAGUCCUGCUGAUCUGCAAACCGAACUCAAGAGACACGAGAUUCUGUCUGCUAAAAUUGCAUCUAGUCCACAUCGAGCUGACACAAACAAAGGUCCUUUCCAAGGGUUAAAACAGACUGGUAGUUCUUCUGAAUAUCUGAAGGCAAUCUUAAGCCGCUGAGGGAUCAUUUCUCGAUGUACGACAUGGACGGCAGCUGGCGUUUCACUCAAGGUGGAUCACGUAACUCUCUCUUUAUCACUUUAGAGGCUGUCUGAAGGACAAAAGCUUAAGCUGACCAAAACAAAACACACACUUGUCACACACUUUGCACUGCUACAGUUGAGAACAACAAGUAAAACAUAUUUUAGCAUUCAGCACUCUUUAGUCUGUUAGCUUUGGGUUCAAAAGAGUGCAGAAGAGGAGUUCAAAAGAGUUUAUGUAACCAAGCAUGUUAGAUAUGGUUAUUUCAUAUUAGCACUGUCUAAUAAAAUUGUAUCAUGCAUUCCGGUGGUGUGAAUUUUA